AGCUCCUUUGCAUUUUUGACAACUAAUCUCAGUUGAAACCUUUCAGUUUCAUCUUCAGGUAGAGCUAAAGAAGACUGAUCAUGAGGAUCCUUGCCAUAUUUCUGCUGCUCUCCAUGGCUCUAUGCUGCUUCAUGGAUACUGUUCAAGCUAAAAAAUUCCCACAAAAGGCUAAAUGUCAUUCUAAAAUUUUUGGAUGCCCAAAAAUCUAUUAUCCUGUCUGUGGCAAUGAUGGUCGUACCUAUGACAAUCGCUGCAUUCUGUGUAUGGAAAAUAUGAACAGAAAAGUUCAGGUCCUCAUCCAAAAAUAUGGAGAAUGCCAAGGAAGCAAGAUAUCCUGGAGGCCUCAGUAGGGUGGUUCCAUUGCUAGCCUACUUUUGUUUUUAAUAAAUACAUGAGAUUGGUUGCUGCUCUU